UGCGUCACAGCUGCAUUUGAACACGCCCCUUCCAAACGCUUGUUGAAUAGGAAUGACAAGGAAACAUGGACAAGCGCUGAAGAUGAAUCUCAUAUACUGUUAUAACCGCACGCGUGCUCGCAUCCCUUCACAUCGCUACACCAUUUGAAUGCCGCUGUAAAUCUGAACGGAGCCACGGGGAAAGCCGCUUGGGACCCAGCCAAAAAUUACAACUGAAAGCAGAAACCCAGCCCUGCUUCGAUUACGCACCGAGAGAGGGAGCACGCUGAUAGUGACAGCGGCACUUCAGCAACUCAUCUGCGAUCGACCGUACGAUACUUGAUUCGUUUUCUGCCGUGCAGCCUCAAAGGAUGUAGACCUCGGCCUGCUGUCUUUGGCAUGUUCGUUUUAACGGGACUUGUCGCCAGUGGCUCGUUUGAACAGGCAAUGCCUUCCUUACGCGUUUUGUGGCGCAAACUACAACAACCGCACGCGUACGCCAGCGAUUCGUUGUUUUACUUGCCUAUACGUGCGUUGAUAGUUUAAAAUGCCUAGGUUUUUGAUUUAAACACUUUUGUACGGACGGAAAAUAGCGUAUUCGGCUGGGAGGAGCAAUAACGAGCUCUAUCUACUCUUCGGCUUCCACGGCAAUAUCACGGAGGGUUAUUUUGAUGGAGCUGGAGAAUAUUGUUGCAAACACGGUACUCCUGAAGGCAAGAGAGGAUUUUGCUUCUUGCAGUUUGUCAUGAUCUUGAUCUCCAGCUAUCUACAUCUCAGUGCGUCAUUCAGCUUGCUUCUCGUGAUCCUUCAGAGUGACCAGGUUUUGACAAGUGUAAGAUUUACAGUCUACCUCACUAUGUUGUUGAACAGUGAGCGCUAGGCUAGGCCGGUAACAUUAGCUGCCUUCCUGGUCGCUGAUGUAACUGAAUAAUGUAAAGAAUUUUUAAAAUGGGAAUUCAUCAAAGAAGCUUGGUUUAUUUUUAUGUUCCAACUUCCAAUAGAGUUUCUCUCAAAGAACAGCGGGUACAAGAAGUGUGCAUAGUUGUGGAAGGGAUGUUUCACAACGCUUUGUACAAAUAUUGAAAAAAGCCUUUUUACAAACAUGUUUCAACAUUUGAUUGGACUGUCCUGCUUUUAAUACAAGUAGACUUUUUUUUUUUUUAUUCAAUAAGCUCACUUGUGGACUUGUUUAGUACGGUUUUACCAGAAAAAGUUUUCGAAUUUCUGUUUGGUUUUAUUUUAACCUAACUCUGUUCUUGCUAUGAAAACAGCCUCAGUUGCUGACAUGUCAUUAAAAACUAUACUACUACUACUGCAAACAUGUUUCUGCUUUUCAAGUUUUGUACAUAGUGAACAUCAAGAAAUCUGUCUUUUUAAAGUGGUCUUGUGUUUAUUGAUGUGUGCAGGCCUAUGUGUGUGUGAGAGAGCACUUGUUCAGUGAGGAUCUGCUUUGUUUGUUCUUCGUCCAUGUGUGUGUGACUGUCCCCCCAUUUGUUUAUCGCGCUGUGUUUGGAGCAGAAAAUGAGGCGCAAGGCACGCAGACUCUUGUCCAAAUGUUCGACUAGCAGCAGAUAACAGGAAAAGCAGAGUUUAUAGGCCACACAGUCUGUUUACAUGGCUGAAGCCACGCUUCCGAAAUCAUUAGAGAGUCCGGCCAGAGCCAGGCAGCCCCAAACUAAACAGAAAACCCAUCUACGUCUGUUAUGAUAGUCUGCUUGGAGAUUGAACAUAUUCAGCCGUAGACAUCACGUUGGCAUUGAGAAGGUGGAGGAGGAAAACGGAAAGGAAGAAGUAAAAAAUGGAGGGAGAUCCUACGUUUCCCUCAUAUCAGUCAGUGCACAGAGUUGAGCAAAACCAUUGAGCGGGACUACUUCAGCCUGUGUGACAAGCAGCCCAUCGGGAGACUUCUGUUCCGCCUCUACUGUGAGACCCGACCAGAGCUGCAGCGAUGCAUCCAACUCCUGGACGCCAUGGAGGACUACGAGGUGACACCCGAUGAGAAGAGGAAGAGUCGUGGAGAUGAGAUCAUCAAGAAGUUUCUCACCAAGCAGUCCUCUGAGUGUGUAGAUGUAGCUGAAGGUCUUGCUGAAAGUUGCAGAGAAAAUCUAGAACUGAGCCCCUGCAAAGAGAUCUUCAGUGACUGCCGCAAAGCUCUUCAUGACUACUUAAGUGGUGCUCCUUUUUCUGACUAUCAGAACAGCAUGUACUUCGACCGCUUCCUCCAAUGGAAAAUGCUCGAAAGACAACCCAUCACAAAAGACACGUUUCGGCAGUAUAGAGUUCUGGGGAAAGGAGGCUUUGGAGAGGUGUGUGCAUGCCAGGUGAGAGCCACAGGUAAAAUGUAUGCCUGUAAAAAGCUGGAGAAGAAAAGGAUAAAGAAGAGGAAGGGGGAGGCCAUGGCUCUAAAUGAGAAACAGAUUCUGGAGAAGGUCAACAGCAGGUUUGUGGUUAGUUUAGCAUACGCGUAUGAGACCAAAGAUGCCCUGUGUCUGGUGCUGACCAUAAUGAACGGUGGUGAUCUGAAGUUUCACAUCUAUAACAUGGGAACCCCAGGCUUUGAGAAGGAGCGUGUGCAGUUCUACGGCGCUGAGAUCUGCUGCGGUCUCGACCACCUGCACAGAGAGUCUAUCGUCUACAGGGAUUUAAAACCAGAGAAUAUACUUUUAGAUGAUAAUGGUCAUAUCCGGAUCUCAGACCUGGGGCUGGCCAUUAAAGUGCCUGAUGGAGAACAGAUCCGUGGUCGAGUGGGGACUGUGGGCUACAUGGCUCCAGAGGUGAUCAAUAACGAGCGUUAUAGCAUGAGUCCGGACUGGUGGGGACUGGGUUGUCUGAUCUAUGAGAUGACCGCCGGCCGAUCGCCUUUCCGCGCUCGCAAAGAACGAGUGAAGAGAGAAGAGGUGGAGAAGAGGGUGCAAGAAGAGGAAGAGGAGUACAGCGACAAGUUUUCAGAAGACACCAAAGCCAUCUGCAGGAUGCUGUUAGCCAAAGAUCCCAAGCAGAGGCUCGGCUGCCUGGCGGACGGAGCUGCUGGAGUCAAAGCCCACCCCUUCUUCAAGAACAUCAACUUCAAGAGGCUGGAGGCCGGCAUUCUGGAACCUUCCUUUGUGCCCGAUCCCAGGGCGGUCUACUGUAAAGAUGUUCUGGACAUUGAGCAGUUCUCCACCGUUAAGGGUGUCAACCUGGACCAAACAGACAAUGAUUUCUACUCCAAGUUUGCCACUGGCAGUGUCUCCAUCCCAUGGCAAAAUGAGAUGAUCGAGACGGAGUGCUUCAGUGACCUUAACGUAUUCGGGCCUCAGGGGACGCGGCCCCCUGACCUGGAUUGGAACCAGCCUCCCGAGCCUCCUCGGCGUAGCCUGCUGGACAGGAUCUUUAGGAGACAUCAUCCAGAGGUGACCAUCGCUCAAAGCCGGGUCUCGUCUUCCAGCGUCAACUCCGUUGACUCCAUGUCAAACUCUGCCCCCUAGUGGACAGAUUGCUGCGGGACUACAGGGAACAAAAGCGAGUGAGCGAUAAAGAGAGGAAAGAAUGAGAGUGAGGAACUCCUCCUACCCUUUAAAGACCGGUCGACAGAGCGUGAAAGAGUCCGUUUUCCUUGCCUUGGCCCUCACUAUCCAUCCACGGCCUGCCGAGAGGACAGGAGACAAAACAAGCUCCCGUUUAAAGACCUUUAUUUAUCCGUUUUGUGACAGAAAGGAGAACAGUUAUUCCUUCACCUCACGCUCCCUCAGGAUUGCUGGAACAGUAAAGAGCCACUGACAAUGACAGAAUAUUAACUCGUAUUAUUCAGGGGAUUUUAUUGACAAAGAAAGGCCUCCACAGGGAACGGGAAGGGGGCUUUUUAAAUGUUCUUUUGCAAAGGAAAGUUAAUAUAGUGAACUUAAGAGACUACACACGCACUCACAAACACACACACACUCUCAUUUCCUCCUCCAUCCCUCACGCAAUACCUACCUACCCCUUUUUUUCUUUCCGUCUACACGUAACACCACCAACCUCAACCCAAAAUGUGCAUUGCCUUGCAUACUCUCAGGCCAAAGAUAGAGCUUAUUACAAGAAGACACGUAUUUGAGCAGCCGUGGCCAUAUUUCGCUUCAGAGUGCGACGAAAGGCCUAAAAGCACAAGGAAUUAGGAGCUCGGUCAAGCUGUACAUCGUUUCCCACUAUUUAUUUUGCAAAUUUUGUAAUAUCACUGAAAAACAAACUCGGUUUGGCAGUUUCAGUCUCUUCCAGUCUACUGAAAGGAAUGGUUCACUCGAAAUUGAGAAAUUCGUCAAUGAUUUACUCAUUCCAACCCUGUGUGACUUUCCUCCUCCUGGUGAACAUAAAAGAAGAUAUUUUAAAGAAUGUUGGAAACCAAACCGUUUUGGUCGACUGCACAUAAAAAAAACAAUGGAAGUCAAUGGGAAACAAAACUGUUUGGUUAGCAACAUUCUUCAAAAUAUCUUCUUUUAUGGUCAGAAGAAGAAACGGGAUCUGGAACGACAUGAGAGUGAGCAAAUGAUGACCAAAAAAGUCAUUUUUGGGCGGACUAUCCCUUUAAGACCAAAGUCCGUUAUUUAAAUCUCACCUGCUCUGUUUGUCAGGCACUAAUGUAAGCUAAAAGUAUCUGUAUGGUCACUUCCUUUGUGCAUAAAGGCCGUUGGCAGUGGUGAAAGGCGGAGCCAUCUCAGUGGGCGUGGCCUUUGGGUAGGUAGGCCGUCUACCAGCAGAUACAUAGCCAAUCACAGCACAACAAAUCAGUCAGGGAGUCCUUCUCAUCUCAUCACAUUAUUCACAAGUGGCUCAUUUAGCCGAUUUACAGAAAACAAAUGACUGAAACGGUUGGUUACUUCAGCUUUCAUAGGCAAUUUGGCGUUAAAACGGAGGACAUUGCUGGACUCUUUAAUCUGAGCUACUCAGACUUUGUUGAUGUGGAAAACAGUUUAAAAAUGUGCUAAAUUUGUAUUGCGGCAGCUCCAAGUGGAAACGGUGUCAACCAUCUAAUAAUCCACAUUAUAAUCACUGCAAGAACGCCACAGCUGAGCACACAACCAAACCGCUUUUCUUCCAGAUUUGGUCUUCAUUUCAUCCGACUUCAACCACUACUAGACUGAAACUGGCAAAACUUCACUUCAUCCUUCACACAUAUAUACACCGGACUCAUGAACUUUCAUACCUCAGCAGCAGUUUUCUCUUAUUUAUACCGUUUCCAACUGGUAGGAAGACAUUUCAUCCAUCUUACCCAACUGUAAAUGUACUCAUUUAAAAAGUGUGCAGGAUUUCGGUCGUACAGACGUCUCGGGAAUCCAAAGCACACUGCCCUUAAAUACAUUUAUAUCCCUGCGUAGAGAAUCCGUGAUAGUUUUGUAGUGUUUCUUAAUGGUAGUUAAUCAGUAACCAAACAGAGCGACUCAAGAAGGAACGGAAUACGAAUCUCGACCUCAUAAUCUUGCUUUUACAAUACCAUUCCAAGGUUUUUAUACGCCUCAACGUUCAUUAGCGCAUCUCAAGACAAAUCAAGUGUAUUCAAAUGGUGACUUGAAGCUAUUUGACGAGUACGUAUGCUAAGUGCCAUGUAAUUUCCAAUCAUUAGGCUGAUGUGUGUUUACCAAAUGAUGCAUCAGUUAUGCCAUUCAUUUACCGCGCUAGAAAUGUCCUCUGAAGGUUCAAGUGUAUACUUAGUGCAGGUUCUAACAUUUCAGUCUUCUCAUUUGAAAUGUGUGUAAUAACUGGUUAUUGCACUGUAUCAUGACAUGUUACAUAAAUUGCACUGCACACUGCAUGGUCAAUCAACUAUUCAUUGAGUGGGACCAGUGUGUCUGUUGGUUUUGGGGGCUGAUCUCUGUGUAUACUUAGUGCCAUGCUGUUGUUCGCUGUGGUGAGACUCUAUACGCCACAUAGUUGUGAUGAUUCAUGGUCAAUUUCAGGUGAAAUUCAGAACUGAUUCGUGUUGAUGCAUCUCUCCUACUUUUUAAAAAUUGUGGCCAAUGUUAACAGCUUGUUCGGAAGUACUUUAUUUACUGUACCAUUACAGGCAAUAGUCAUUUUGCCACUUUGGUGUGUAUCCAAAUUGGGGAAACUUUUUACCAUAGUGAUUUAGUUGGUAUUCUGACAAAUGAUAGUCAUGUUACUGAUUUUUCCCAAUGUAUGCAUAAAUAAACUGUGCAUAUUAUUUAUAUAAUAAUUCAUUAAGUGUUUCUAGCACUCUAUAUCAUUAAGGGGGACUGAUGUAAAUUGAUAUUAUAUGUUAUAUCGGUAAGUAAGUGUUGAUUUGAUCUAUGGAAAGGUUCGCCACUUUU